AUGGGUCUCGUGAAGCUCCUUCUCAAAGCGAUCAUCAUCCCGAUUGUUCUCUUCAUCGUCGUCACCGUCGUUAUUGUCUUUUACGUUAAGAUGCGCCGCGAAAAAAAGCAGAAACAACAAGAGGUUGAAGCCGGAUUCCAGCCACUUCCUAUACAGCAAUGGGUUCCUUACACUCCGAUCCAACAGCCCGCCCCGAUUUAUGCCAAAACUCCGGGGAUGACGGAACACGGUAUUGUACAGCCUUGA